CAGUCAUUUCGCGUGUAUCAUUUUCCACAUAUCCAGCAUCCUCUGGCAGUGGGCCCAAUUCUGUACUUUAUCCCUCAAUGAUGUCGACAGCAUUGUCACAGCAAUCAAGAGCCCCUUGUGCCUCCCGAGUGGGCAGGUUUCUAUGCCAGUGAGGGUUAUAGGUGACUCUCGGGAAUUUCAAAAGCAAAAGGCUGAUUUCGGUUUUUAAUUGAACCGAAGCUCACCUGGUUCUACAAAGCGGCAAACAGUGAGAAGGUCAUUUAUACAAACCAGGAGGGAAGGGAUUGAGAAGAAAGUUAUAACGCAUAAUGAGACGCUCGGAACUCCCAGAUCCGACGGGAAGGGCUACUACGGUACAGUAGGAGUGUACUUUUGCGGCGUCGAAAAGACCAAACUUUCCUUUCCCCCAACUUCGGCUUCCGUACUCGCAUGAUGUGGGAACUCGGAUGCCUGGAGCACUUUCAAGUCCCGCGGCUGGUACUACUACCUGGUAGUUUGGCAAGCAUCUCGGACUUUCGGUUGCGAUAAGGGUUGGGGUUUCGAUGUGCUUUGAAUCGGACCCGUCGAAAGUUGUUAGAGUUUCAUUCUGAUCAAGUUAUCACCUGGAUAGUUACAACCUCUUUUGGAGGGAGUCGCAGGGUGGUGGCGGUAGGGUUAAGCAAGCCUCUUCUUCCUUCGGAUGAGGUGUUGUUUACCCUUUGGCCUUGAGCAUGGGAAAGAGGGCGAGACUCGAAUCAGACCGAGGAAACCAGACUCUGAAGGGGUGCGCGUCCAUUCAAUCCCAAUCUUCGCCGCCAUGUGUUCGAAAACAUUAAUGUGCACCCAUGGUCGAGAAGCCAGUUUUCAUCAGGCUAAUCUGGCCAUAUAAGGGAACGAAGAACUCGACUCAGACUGGUUUCUCUCCCCCAUAAAUGAAGUUCUGCCUAUCGUCUCAGAUAGGAGGCUCUGCAUUCUAGAUUCGGGUGUACCGAUACAUCAUGGCCUGCGGGCCACUGUUAGUGUUUCAAAAGAUGUGCACCCACCCUACCUGACAGCGGGAGAACCCACAACAAUCAAACAAAAGCGAAUAGAAAAACAAAACAAAACAGCCGGCGGGUCGAAAGAAUCCGGAAUUUCGAACGCUCGAUCGGAUGCGGUUCAACCCAUUGAUCGCGCGCUUCUUCUCUAUCACUCCGAGGAAUCAAGUAUACAAGCAGGGAUGCAUCCAUCGUUCCAUUCAUUCUUUUUCACAACUUCCUCGUCUCAAACUUGUCAAACUUGAUAUUCAAUAGCUAACCUCAUAAAGUAUACUCGGGAGUCGGAGGUCGUAACAUCGCUUCUUUGAAGUGGUACGUCUGACUUGGAAGGGAGAGUCUCGGUUGAAAACUUGGAAGAUGAAAAUCCUUCUUCGCCUCCUCAUAUGUUCCGCAGGCCGCUCCCAUCAACUGUCAAAAGGAUUUUCAUUCCGUCUUUGACCAUCCCGAAAUCUAGUUCUCCUAUCUGUGGAUCUACGGACUCGGGGCAACUGCUCUUGCUAUGCUUAUUAGGGUCUGUUGAAGGGGAGGUCACGGUCCAUGAAAGCGGCGUACGCGACUCGAGCCUGCUUUCCCGUCCAAUUUUACUUUUUUUUUCUGUUUCCUUGAAUUUCUGAAGGCGGCAGUCAUUAUUCCAGGUUUUCAAGCACCACAUCGAGCUCGCAAAAGUUAAAACUAGUGCCGGCUCGCUACACGCUUUUCCUAGUGGCCCUAGAGUCCUGGUUUUCACAACGCCGGGGGGGGCAGCUACUAAAACUUGCCAGGGAUCUUCAGGACAGAGCCAGAGACAGAGACAGAAUAGGCGCCGGAUCAAAGCAAACAGAAACAUUCACGGUGUCAUGUUCCGAGAUUUCCAUCACAGCCGUCAUGAGAAAAAACAAAACAAAAGGAAAACCCAGCUAACGCCACAAGGGCUUCCUGAUUCUUCGGUUCACCCUACAUUGCAUUACAUUGAAGGAGGGAAGGGAGAUCCAGGUACUUUCCUUCCUCCUCUCGGCCCUCAGACAAGUGAUUUCGCUGCCAAACUGUCUCUCGAUCCUCGUAUUCGCAUUUCGCACGGCCUUAACGUUCAUCGGGUAUCCCGAUUGAAGCCCCCGAGGGGGGUGUCGCUCGAACCGUUCAAUGUCACCGUGCAUUCGCCCGAUGACAUUCGUCUGUUGCUACGUCGUGGGGUUGUGUGGUGCUAUACAUGCAUUGGCGACUUCAAGCUUAAACGUUCAACCCUCAAGGGAAGUACAUAUCCAGCACUGACCAUUCAAGCUUACCCUUAUGUUGUCCCGUCCGAUGACAUUCGUCUGUGUCUACGUCGUGGGGUCUUGUGGUGCUAAGUAUACAUGCAUUGGCGGUAAUAUCAAUACCUCCUGCUUACCGGGGAUUUAUUUAUAACAUCUUCUUUCAACCCAGACUUCAGGCUUCAACGUACAACGCCGACACAAUGCGGCUUUUUGGACAGGUUUCUUUUUUAUUUUUGUUCUUCCCACUCCACUUGGGAAGUACCGGUGGACUCUUGGAAGUUGUUUUUCCUAACUUUGUUCAAAACGCGAG